AGUGGUGCUCUGCCACCCAAAGUCCUCAGCCGUGAACUGGUUUUUGUCGUUGAGUGGCUUUUAACCACUCUUUCUAUACACCUAAGUAUGAACCAAUUUCGCUAAUUAUUCUCACAGGUGAAGCUCCAUUCAUGGCUUCUCUACUGAGCCCACCUCUCAAUUUGCCUCUCAACAAGAAUGAUGGAAAUGCAGGAACUCUUGUAAUGAAAACACUGUCAAAGAGAGAUUAUAUGCUUUUUAGGAAAAAUGGACGGCACAAUGUUCAGUUUCCGGUAAUAAAAAGUAAAGCAUCCACAGAGACAGAUGUGCUUGCGAAGGAUUCUGUGAAUGUUGAGGCAGCUGAAGACAGGGAUGAUUUCGGUGUGGUCGGUGUUCACCAUGUUGGAAUCUUGUGCGAGAAUCUUGAACGGUCCCUGCACUUUUACCAGAAUAUCCUCGGUCUACCUAUAAAUGAGGCGCGGCCACAUGAUAAACUCCCAUAUAGGGGUGCUUGGUUGUGGGUCGGCUCUGAGAUGAUACAUCUGAUGGAGCUUCCAAAUCCUGAUCCACUAACGGGACGACCAGAGCACGGUGGUCGAGAUCGUCAUGCUUGCAUAGGGAUUCGAGAUGUGUCUAAACUAAAAGACAUCCUUGAUAAAGCUGGCAUUCCAUAUACCCUUAGUCGCUCGGGGAGACCAGCGAUUUUCACACGAGAUCCAGACGCCAAUGCACUUGAAUUUACACAGGUCGACUGAUGCAUUUUGUGACGAACAAUUACAUACCUAAUCCUUUAAAUGCGUAUGAAAGAGAACCUUUUGUACUGGACAAUCUUCAGGCUUGGAUCGGUAAGAAAUGUUUAUCAUCACUCUCUGUAUAUGUUUUUGUGCACGAUGAAAGCUCCCUGUAGUGAAUGACCACGGAUGCAAAAGCUGGAAAUAACGCAGUCGAUGGUUUUACAUAUGA